UAUUCAGUGUUCCAGAAUUCAGGUCCGUUCACUCUUAACGCAGUCGCCAUUUACCAUCGCCUUAAACAUUCGAUAUCACCAUUAAAUCAAGAUUACUCAAUGAAUAAACAUUUUAAUUUUCAGAUUCGAGAUAUAAAUCAAACUAACAUAGCUAAAGUAAUUGGAGCCUGUAUAGAGACAAAUUACAAGUGUAUUGUUGUCGAGCACUGUUCAAAAGGAACACUGGAGGAUGUCCUUGGAAGUACAGAAAUAACACUCGAUGCCCACUUCAAAUUUUCCUUAGCAAUCGAUAUAGCACAGGGAAUGACUUUUAUACAUCAGAGUUCUAUACAUCAUCACGGUAAUUUAUCUAGUAUGGUUUGUUUAAUAGAUAAUAGAUUCUCUGUUAAAAUAACAGAUGUUGGAUUACGAUGUUUGUACAGCCGUAUGAAAACAGACACUAGUAAACAGGAAUAUAUUAAUGGAUGUUUAUGGAAAGCACCAGAACAUUUAAGAAAUGAUGAUGUGUUUGGAUCCAGAGAAGGAGAUGUUUAUAGCUUUGGUAUUAUUUUACAAGAAAUCAUCACCAGGGAGUCACCAUUCUCGUUGGAAACAUUAGAUAUUGGAGCCAAAGAUGUAGUAAUGAAAGUUAAAGAACAUCACUAUCCCCCUUUCCGUCCUAAAAUUGACGUUCCGCCUAAAUUAGUCGAGAUGUUUGAUCUUAUGAGGCGGUGCUGGAGUGAAGACCCUAAUGAACGGCCAGCAUUCAAUUCCAUGGUGAAGGCACUCAAACAAAUGACAUCGAAAUUUGGUGAAUCAGGAAAUCUUUUAGAUAACUUAUUAAAGCGAAUGGAACUUUAUGCUAAUAAUUUAGAAAAAAUGGUGGAUGAAAAAACCCAAGAAGUUAAAGAAGAAAAGAAAAGAUCAGAAGAGCUUUUAUACCAAAUAUUACCCAAAUCUGUAGCGGAAAGAUUAAAAUGUGGAUUGAGAGUAGAGCCAGAAGCGUUUGAUUGUAUCACUAUUUAUUUUAGUGAUAUCUGUGGAUUUACUACCAUUUCUGCUAGAUCGAAACCAAUGGAGGUAGUUGAUUUGCUCAAUGAUUUAUAUUCAUGUUUUGAUGCUAUUUUAGAAGAGUUUGAUGUUUACAAGGUAGAAACUAUUGGUGAUGCCUAUAUGGUAGCUUCUGGUUUGCCACAAAGAAAUGGACAUAAACAUGCUGAAGAAAUAGCUAGAAUGUCACUUGCCUUACUUAAAGCUAUAGAUUCAUUUCGUAUGAGACAUUUACCUGAUGAAAAACUUAAAUUACGUAUUGGUCUUCACUCAGGGCCUGUGUGUGCUGGUGUUGUAGGGGUCAAAAUGCCGAGAUAUUGUUUAUUUGGUGAUACAGUUAAUACAGCGUCUAGAAUGGAAUCACAUGGUGAAGGUCUGAAAAUCCACAUGAGCGAACCUACGACCAAUAUUUUAAAGAAAUAUACUUCUUUAAACAUAGAGAAACGUGGAAAUAUUGAAAUAAAGGGCAAAGGUUUCAUGACAACGUAUUGGUUAUUGGAUGGUUGCAAGACAACAGAAACACAUUCCAUUACAUCAUAA